AUGAGUUCCUCAGCCACAAAGGCCAUAGCUGAUGCAGCCGCAAGGAACCGCGCAACAGCACUACUAGUUGCUCUUAUAUUGCUAAUAACUUGUGUUAGAGAGAGCAGUUCUUCAACAACCGACGAAACGGCGGUACGAGGGGACCGUUUCAUGGAGCGGCGUUGUGAUGAGAUAUACGUAGUCGGAGAAGGGGAGACUCUCCACACCAUCAGCGACAAGUGCGGCGACCCGUUCAUCGUCGAGGAGAACCCGCAUAUCCAAGACCCGGAUGAUGUUUACCCCGGACUCGUUAUCAAGAUCAGUACUCCUUUUCUAAGGCCCAGAAAGUUGCUUUGA